CACCAGGGACCUGUUCAUGCUUCUGUCACACUUGUUGAGUGGAAUGUGUGGCAUGUGUGACAUGAUCUGAUCAGCUGUUCAUGUCGGUGUGUAGUAAAAACAGCUACCAGUAGAGGUCACUGUCUAUCUGUCGUUGGGAGUUUCAACAGGAACGUAAUGCAGUCCAGUUCUAACUGUUACUGUGUUUCUGCUGUGUCCUGCUUUUCAACAGGUGGCGCUGGCCGUGGAGGGCUCCACCAUGAGUGGCAGCCUGCAGCGCCGGAAAAAGAGCAAGAGGAAGUGGAAGCGGCUGUGGUUCCUCCUCAAAGACAAGGUGCUCUACACCUUCACAGCCCGUGAGGAUAAAGUGGCUUCAGAGAGUCUACCACUACAGGGCUUUACAGUCAAGCUGACUGAGAGGCCAGAGGGAGAGGAAAGAAGCAACAUUUUCCAUCUGUACCACAAGAAGACCCUGUACUACACAUUCAGAGCAGACGAUCAACACACUGCACGCAGGUGA